AUGGCUGAACAAAGAAGGUAUUCCGUGAAAAAGUCUGAAUCGUAUGAUUGUGAUGCCUCAGAUAGGGAAUUCCAGAAUAGCGAACAUUGUGUAUUUACAAUCAAUGAAGAUAUUACCUUGAAAAGUUAG